AUGCAUCCCACUCUUACUGCAUACCUCAUGUCCGCCACUUCUCUUCUGUCGAUCACGACAGCGAGGAAUGUUGACUGGUGCGCGUCUUCCGCACCAUCCGGCGGCAACUGUGAAAACAUCUAUCUUGACGCCGAUAACAUUGCCAAGCAGAUCGGAAGCCAGAUCUAUACCGAUUACGACAAUGAUGACUGCAAUUACCACUCGGGAUCCAUCGAUGACAUCUACUACACGGUCUACGCCACGACCACAGGCGGUGACUGCCGGUCCACGGCGGAGAUUGGUACGGUCGAGGGCGCGCUGUACAACUUGAUCCAGACCGAGUUCGCCAAUGUUGUGCAAGACCUGUUCCAACGAAAUGCCAAACUUGAGACGGACACCCAGCAUUUGCAACACCCUAGCAUCAAUGACACCCAAGGUUCUUCCACGGUGAACCUUGUCAACGACCAGAGAGCUUCCGAUACGCUGCCCCAGUGA